AUGGUGUCCCUGUUUGGUUCAUGUAACUACCUUUAUACAGGCUUUGCUAAGAGGCUUGAAAGAGGCCCCUUCAUCUCUUGUGUAAGGAAGUCUGUCACGCUGCAGGAGGUUAUGGAGCAGAUUAUCCUGAGUGCCAUCACGUGGCAUGUACAGGACAACCAGGUGAUCAGGUCCAGUCAGCAUGAAUUUAUGAAAGGCAGGUCCUGCUUGACUAACCUGAUAUCCUCCUUUGACAAGAUGACCUACCUAGUGGACAAGGGAAAGGCUGUGGACAUUGUUUACCUGGACUUCAGAUGGAGUUUUAGCAUGGGCUCUGCCUACCAGUUCCACAGCUGGCGAGUAUUUGUGAUUGUCUGCGCUCUGCCCUGUGUCUCUUCUGUGGUAGCCCUCACCUUUAUGCCAGAAAGCCCACGGUUCUUGCUGGAGGUUGGAAAACAUGAUGAAGCUUGGAUGAUACUCAAGCAAAUUCACGACACAAAUAUGAGAGCUCGUGGUCAGCCUGAGAAAGUCUUCACUGUUAACAGAAUCAAAACUCCAAAGCAGAUAGAUGAGCUCAUAGAAAUACAGAGCGAUACAGGAACUUGGUACAGGAGGUGUUUUGUUAGAAUUCGCACAGAGCUAUAUGGUAUUUGGUUGACGUUUAUGAGAUGCUUCAACUACCCAGUGAAGGAUAAUACAAUCAAACUUACAGCUGUAUGGUUCACCCUGUCUUUUGGCUACUAUGGCUUAUCUGUCUGGUUUCCUGAUGUCAUUAAACAUCUGCAGUCAGAUGAGUACGCAUCCCGAGUGAAACAUUUCCGCAAUGAGGAGGUUUCACAUUUCAUCUUCAACUUCACCCUGGAAAAUCAGAUUCACAGCAAUGGAGAAUACAUCAAUGACAGGUUUGUUAUGAUGAAGUUUAAAUCAGUAACCUUUGAAGAUUCCCUUUUUAAGAACUGUGUGUUUGAAGACAUUACUUCACUGAACACAUACUUCAGAAACUGCACUUUCAUGAAUACCACCUUCUACAACACAGAUCUCGAGCAAUAUAAAUUUGUUGACAGCGAAUUGAUAAAUUGCACAUUUUUCCAUAUCAGAACAGGAUGCCAGAUUUCUUUUGAUGAUGACUACAGUGCCUACUGGAUCUACUUUGUUAAUUUCCUGGGAACAUUGGCAGUGUUACCAGGGAAUAUUGUGUCCGCUCUCCUGAUGGAUAGAAUUGGACGGUUAACUAUGCUAGGUGGUUCCAUGGUUCUCUCUGGCAUCAGCUGUUUUUUCCUGUGGUUUGGGACCAGUGAAUCCAUGAUGAUAGGUAUGCUGUGCCUCUACAAUGGCCUCACCAUCUCAGCGUGGAACUCUCUAGAUGUCAUUACUGUGGAGCUGUAUCCUACAGAUAGAAGGGCAACAGGCUUUGGCUUUUUGAAUGCACUAUGCAAAGCAGCAGCUGUACUUGGAAACUUAAUAUUCGGUUCCCUUGUUGGUAUCACCAAAGCAAUCCCUAUUCUCCUUGCUUCUACUGUUCUAGUAUGUGGAGGUCUGGUAGGACUUCGUCUUCCUGACACAAGAACGCAGGUGUUGAUGUAA